GAAGAACAUCCGCUUCAAAACAAGUUGACACUGCUAACAAGCCACUCACUAGCCACAGAGUGGUCCAAACAGUAACCACUAUUCAAAUCAAUAACAACCAAACGAAACACAACUCAAAAUUUUAGUUUAGUCCCAAAAAAAUUAGUCAAAAAAAACUAUAAUCAAAAAGUGUCAAAAUUCGACUACUAGUGUUAAGUGAGUGUUAUUUCCGGACCGGCCCAUAGCCACUAAUGUAUUUUGUGUGAACCGAUUAGUUUUUUUCACCGGUCAAUUAUGAAUUAUGUAUAUAAUCAAGUCAGCGUGGCGCAUCAGUGGCAACUGUGCCAACAAUGAUAAAAAUUUUAUCGAAAAAUUAGAUUUAUAAUCACAACUUUAUCGUGAUGGCUUUCAUUUAGAAGCGUGAUUUUUCCACGAAAAAAUCGGCCACAAAAAUGUACACUUUUCUAUUCUGUUUUGCAGCUUUUUUGGCCACAGGACAAAUGAGCGAGUUGGUGGUGGUCCCCCGUGAGGGUUGGCACGCCCGCCCCCCUACCGCCACCGAGCCAAUGGCCAAUCCCGUCCCCUUCGUCAUCACCCACCACAGCUACAUCCCGCCCGCGUGCCACACCCCCGAAGCAUGCGUCCAAUCAAUGCAAACCAUGCAAGAUAUGCACCAAUUACAAAACGGCUGGAACGAUAUUGGUUACAGUUUUGGGGUAGGGGGUGAUGGAAACGCCUACGAAGGGCGGGGGUGGUCAAAAGUGGGCGCACACGCCCCCAAAUACAACAAUAUAAGUAUAGGAAUCUGUGUUAUCGGCGAUUGGACGAAAGAACUACCCCCCGAAAAUCAACUAAACACUGUACAUAAGUUGAUCGCGUUUGGGGUUGAAAAGGGGUACAUUAGGGAGGAUUACAAGUUAUUGGGGCACAGACAAGUGAGAGACACGGAGUGUCCGGGGGAUAGAUUAUUUGAGGAGAUCUCCACGUGGGAGCACUUUGGGGUCAAGGGAGAGAGGAGGCAAGAGAACAAUGGGGUUGAAGACAAUAAACUUUUUUUUUUCAAACACAAGUCUUGAUUGGGGUCGUUCUGAUUUUGGUUUGGUGAACGGUUGGUAGCACUGGUUGGGCAAAAUAAAUACAAGUGGUCGAAGAAAAUGUGUUCAAUAAAGAUAGCUUUGAAUGAA